CGGCGUCUGCAAAGAUAUCCACCUAUCUAGUUAGGAUUUCUUGAUGUAUGAUUUGUAUCAGGAAUUGAAGACGUGGUGUUUGAUGAUUUCCUGAUAGUAAAUUUAUAAAACAUACACAAAAUGUUGAAAUUAUUUAUUAUUUCUGUGUGCUGUAUUUUAUUGAUAAGUAUAAGUGAUGCUCAGAGUGAUGAAAAAAAGCAGCCUAAAGGACCAAAAGUGACAGAUAUGCUUUAUUUUGAUAUAACAAUUGGAGGAGAAGCUGCUGGACGUAUUGAAAUUGGCUUGUUUGGGAAAACAGUACCAAAGACUGUUAAAAAUUUUGUUGAACUAUGUACAAAGCAUAAAAAUGAACCUGAAGCUGAAGACAAAAUUGUUGGAUAUAAAGGAUCCCUUUUCCAUAGAGUUAUUCGUGAUUUCAUGAUACAAGGUGGAGAUUUUACAAACGGGGAUGGAACUGGAGGUCGCAGCAUAUAUGGGGAUCGUUUCCCAGAUGAAAAUUUUAAGCUGAAGCAUUAUGGAGCUGGAUGGUUAUCCAUGGCAAAUGCUGGAAAGGAUACUAAUGGGUCACAGUUUUUCAUUACAACAAAGAAGACUCCAUGGUUAGACGGAAGACAUGUUGUCUUUGGGAAAGUUGUGAAAGGAAUGAGUGUUGUUAGGAAGAUUGAAAACACCAAAACUAACAGCAGUGAUCGACCGAUCAAAGAUGUAAUUAUUGCUGACUGUGAUACAAUUCCAGUUGAAACACCAUUUUCAGUGACAAAAGAAGAUGCAACAGAGUAAUUCCUAGAAUUGCAGCAGUAAUUUGUAUGGAAAACAUACUUAGUAUUUUUGUUAUUAAAAAUGAAACAUUUUUGUAAAAAAAAAAAAUCCUGUUUCCCUGUUUGAUAGAAAAACUUUGAUAGAAAAUGCGAGUUUAUUAAGUGCAUUUAUAAAAACUGUAUAUAUGCAAAGAUACAUGCUAAUUUUUCAGUCUUUUCCAUUAUUGUUACUCAGGAAGUUUUUUUUACAUGAAAUAUAAAAAUACUGAAACAUGUUGGUUGAGCAUUUUGCCUCCAUUGAGUAAAAAUGUUACUGAAAUAUAUAUGUUAGUUGAGUAUUUUGUCUCCUUUGAGUAAAAAUGUUAACAAUUAUGAAAAUUAAAUAUUUAAUACUUAUAGUAAUGUAAUUAUUUCUAUUUUUCAUAUGACAGUUUUGUGACCAUCACUUUAAUUUAAAAUAAAAUAUAGUAUUUUCAAUAAAGCAUGCUCUUCUUCCUGA